CAUCUGAAAAGUUAAAGACCGGUCAUCAAGUUCACCAACCACACCAGCAAACUUCACACGAUCCAAUUCUCCCCACACUCUCACAAUGGCUCGCCGAAGAACAAAAAAGCGCACCCACUUGCCUGACCCCAGUACAACUAAGCUGUCAAAGCAGACCACUACCGGAGUCUCACAACCUCUCAAUGCCUCCGCCUCGCAAAUCCCCAAGACCAUGGUAAUCCGCAUCGGUGCCUCUGAUGUCGGACCCUCCGUCUCCACCCUCGUCCGUGACACCCGUCUUAUGAUGGAACCGCAUACCGCUUCUCGCCUCCGUGAGCGCAAAUCCAACCGUCUAAAGGACUACGUGACUAUGGCCGGGCCCCUCGGCGUAACUCAGCUCCUCCUCUUCUCCCGCUCCGACACCGGCCACACCAAUCUGCGCAUUGCCCGUUGUCCCCGCGGACCUACCAUCCACUUCCGGAUCAACGACUACUCGCUGUGCAAAGACGUGCGCAAGGCCCUGCGGAAUCCCAAAUCCCCAGGGAAAGAGUAUCUUGCGCCGCCGCUGCUGGUCAUGAACAACUUUGCGACGCCUGUCCAAAAAAACCCAGACGGAACACCGGGGAAGCCGCCGCCACAAGAUGCUCUGCUCACUAGCAUGUUCCAGAGCCUUUUCCCGCCGAUCUCCGCACAGCGCACACCCAUCAACUCGAUCAGGCGCAUCAUGCUGCUGAACCGUCAUCCCGUCGAGGAGGGUUCAAACGAAUAUGUCAUCGACGUGCGCCAUUACGCGAUCUCUACCAAGGCCGUGGGCCUCUCCCGCCCGAUCAGACGUAUCAACGCCGCUGAGAAGCGCAUCCGCAAGCCGACCGCUGCAUCCUCCACCUUCGCCAGCAAGAAGGGUGCCCUGCCGAACUUGGGGAAGUUGGAGGACAUCGCGGAUUACAUGCUUGAUCCUGCGGCCGGUGGUGGAGGGUACACGUCUGAGAGCGAGGUCGAGGAGGACGCGCAGGUUGAGAUCGUCAAUCCUGCGAUCCGGGGGAGCAAGAAGCGGAAACUCGCGACGCGAGGGCCCGAGAAGAAAAGCAUUCAUCUUACUGAGCUCGGUCCGAGGAUGACGCUAGAGAUGGUUAAGAUUGAGGAGGGUCUGGCAGAUGGAAAGACGUUGUGGCACGCCUAUCACCAGAAGACCAAGGCUGAAGAACGGGAGUUGGAGCAGAGGCAUAAUCAGAAGAACGCUGAUAAGGAGAGAAGGCGGAAAGAACAGGCUGCUAACGUCAAGGUGAAGAAGGAGGCAUUGGAGGUCAAGAAGGCGGAGAAGAAGGCUAGGAAGGCGAGGGGUGAGGAGGUUGAGGAGAGUGACGAUGACGAUGAGGAGUUGUGGGACGAUGAGGAGUUGAAUGAACUUCAGGAACAGGAUACCGACGAUGAGGAUGAGGAUAUGGAGGAGUAGAUGGGCGUUUACGGAUGGUUAAUGUACAUACAAAAGUCCGGAGUUUGGGUUUAAUGCUGCCAACGAUGUCACAUAUUCAUCAGCACGAACUCCGAGUCAAGCAGAUUGAGUGACAUGGCAUGAAGGCUGAGGGAAAUGCAGAUAGAACACCGAAA